AUGGCUGCCAACAUGAAACAAUCUAGGCCGAGUGGUUUUCUUCUGCUGCAGGGACAGGCCAGCGGGAAGGCGCAUGCGCGGCCAAGAAGGGACGGAGGCGAAGCAGGCGAGGAGGCUGGCGCACGCGCAGACGGCCCGGACAGGCGGCGCAUGCGGAGACGCGGCGGCGGCGGAGGAGGAGGAGGAGAAGGGGGCGGGCCCCGCCGGAGACGGCCGGUGCCUGCGGCGCAUGCGCCGCGCCGCCCUCCCGCCUUCGAGCCAGCGAGAGGAGCCGGCGUCCCUGGCGCGCGCGGGCGGGGAAGGCGGCGUGAGGAGGCGAGCGCGUCUGCCCGCCCGGAGGGGAGCUUCGCCUCCUUCUUCCCUGCGCGUGCGCGCGGCGAUUGGCGGCGGUGUGGCAGCCGCCGCGGCGUCCCGCGGGCUCUGCGCAUGCGCGGGGCCAGGGCAGUGGGCGGCGUCGGGCCCCGGCAGCAGCGGCGGUGGCGGCGCGGGAGGCGCGGAAGGCCCGGCAGGACAAUGGCGGCGGCGGCGGCGGGAUCGGCGGCCGUGGCCGGCGCGGGCGGGGGGCCGGCGGCGGCGGGCGGCGGCGGAGGAGGGGGCGGCGGCGGCGGCGGCCCCGGCUCGGCGGGCUCGGCCUCCUCCGCCAGCCCCUUGUCGGUGUCGCGGCGCAAGGACGGAGGCCCCGCCGGCAAGUUCUGGGAGAGCCCCGAGACCGUCGCGCAGCUCGACGCCGCCCGCGCCUGGCUGGGCAAGCACUGCAAGAAGUAUGUUCAAGCAGAUGCUCCGACCAAUAAAACGCUGGCUGGGCUCGUGGUGCAGCUGUUGCAGUUCCAGGAAGAUGCCUUUGGGAAACACGUCGCCAACCCUGCCUUCACAAAAUUCCCAGCAAAGUGCUUCAUGGAUUUCAAAGCUGGAGGGACCCUGUGUCACAUUCUCGGUGCUGCUUAUAAGUAUAAAAACGAGCAAGGAUGGCGACGGUUUGACUUGCAGAAUCCUUCCCGCAUGGAUCGAAAUGUAGAAAUGUUUAUGAACAUUGAAAAAACAUUGGUGCAGAAUAACUGUCUGAGCAGACCAGUCAUCUACCUCGUUCCAGAUAUUGAGCUGAAGCUGGCUAACAAGCUGAAAGACAUUGUCAAGCGACACCAGGGCACAGUCACAGACGACAAGUCGAAAGCCACCCACCAUAUUUAUCCCAUUCCUACCUCAUUGGAUGAAGAAGAGUGGCUGAGACCUGUGAUGAAAAAGGACAAGCAGGUUCUUGUGCAUUGGGGCUGUUAUCCAGACAGCUACGACACUUGGGUUCAUGCUGGGGAUAUAGAUGCGGAAGCUGAAGAGCCUCCAAUUCCAGAAAAGCCGUGGAAGGUUCACGCCAAAUGGAUUCUGGACACAGACGUAUUCAAUGAGUGGAUGAAUGAAGAAGACUAUGAGGUGGAUGAGAAUAAGAAGCCAGUUAGCUUUCGCCAGCGGGUCUAUAUGAAGAACGAAGAACCAGUCCGCAGCCCAGAACGCAGAGACAGGAAGGCGACUGCCGGCGCUAGAAAGAGAAGGCACUCUCCUUCACCCCCGCCUCCUGCUACCCUGGUUGAAUCGAGGAAGAAGGCAGGAAAGAAAGGACAAGCCAGUCUUUAUGGGAAGAGACGAGGGCAAAAGGAAGACGAUGACCAGGAAGAUCUUACGAAGGACAUGGAGGAUCCAACCCCGGUGCCUAACAUAGAAGAAGUGGUCCUUCCUAAAAAUGUCAACCUAAAGAAAGACAGUGAAAACACUCCCGUGAAAGGAGGAACUGUAGCAGACCUGGAUGAGCAGGAUGAAGAGACACUGGCGACAGGAGGAAAGGAAGAUGAAGAUCCCAACAAAGGUGACCAGAGCCGCUCGAUAGAUCCGGGAGAAGACAAUGUCACAGAACAGACGAAUCACAUCAUUAUCCCCAGCUAUGCAUCCUGGUUUGACUAUAACUGUAUUCAUGUGAUCGAACGCCGUGCUCUUCCAGAAUUCUUCAAUGGGAAAAACAAAUCAAAGACCCCAGAAAUAUUCUUAGCGUACCGCAAUUUCAUGAUCGACACCUACCGCUUGAACCCUCAGGAGUACUUGACUAGCACUGCCUGCAGAAGGAACCUCACUGGGGAUGUCUGUGCAGUGAUGAGAGUCCAUGCCUUUCUGGAGCAGUGGGGGCUCAUUAAUUACCAAGUGGACCCGGAAAGUCGGCCCAUGGCCAUGGGCCCUCCUCCCACCCCUCAUUUCAAUGUGCUCGCUGACACCCCUUCUGGACUCAUGCCGCUUCAUCUUCGCGUGCCUCAGAUCCCAGCUGCUCAGCAGAUGUUGAAUUUCCCUGAGAAAAACAAAGAAAAACCUACUGAUCUGCAAAACUUUGGGCUUCGCACAGAUAUAUACUCCAAGAAAACAUUAGCAAAGAGCAAGAGCGCCAGCGCUGGGCGAGAAUGGACAGAGCAGGAGACUCUGCUGCUGCUCGAGGCUUUGGAAAUGUACAAAGACGACUGGAAUAAAGUGUCGGAGCAUGUCGGAAGCCGCACUCAAGACGAGUGCAUUCUCCAUUUCCUGAGACUGCCCAUCGAGGAUCCUUACUUGGAGAACUCAGAUGCCUCCCUGGGCCCUCUGGCUUACCAGCCGGUGCCGUUCAGCCAGUCUGGAAACCCGGUGAUGAGCACUGUCGCUUUUCUGGCGUCUGUUGUGGAUCCCCGCGUGGCGUCUGCUGCAGCUAAAGCUGCCUUAGAGGAAUUUUCCCGUGUCCGAGAGGAGGUGCCCCUGGAACUGGUUGAGGCCCAUGUCAAGAAAGUGCAGGAGGCAGCCAGAGUCUCUGGAAAGCUGGACCCCACGUAUGGGUUAGAGAGCAGCUGCAUUGCCGGAACAGCUCCAGACGAGCCGGAAAAGCUCGAUGGGCCUGAAGAAGAAAAAAUGGAAACAGAGACCGAUGGGACGCCGGCAGAAAAAGUUAAGGUUGAAAACAAAGGGGAGAGUGAAAUGGAUGGAAACAAGGUACUGGAAGGAGAAGAGGAGAGACACGCAGAAAAGGAGCAAGAUGGUGAAGUCCCUCUGGAUCCCAAACCAGAUGAGAGGGAAGUGGAAGAGAACAAGGAGAACCUUGAUGUGGGCAAAGACAAGGAGAGCGAUGCUGGGAAGAAGAGAGCAGAGCACGAAAUCUCUGAAGGGAAUGUCGCAACUGCCGCAGCUGCCGCUUUGGCUUCGGCCGCCACCAAAGCCAAGCAUCUAGCAGCAGUUGAGGAGAGGAAGAUCAAGUCCUUGGUUGCCCUCUUGGUGGAAACACAAAUGAAGAAACUAGAGAUCAAACUCCGUCAUUUUGAGGAGCUGGAAACGAUCAUGGACCGAGAAAAAGAGGCGCUGGAGCAGCAGAGGCAGCAGCUGCUGACUGAGCGCCAGAACUUCCACAUGGAGCAGCUGAAGUAUGCGGAGCUGCGCGCCCGCCAGCAGCUGGAGCAGCAGCAGCACAGCCAGAACGCCCAGCAGUCCCACCAGCACUCCAGCGGCCCGGGCAUGAACCCUCUGGGGACCUCUGGACACCCGGGCCUGAUGCCACCCCAGCAGCCUCCUCCAUAUCCCAUGAUGCACCACCAGAUGCCCCCUCCUCACCCCUCACAGCCAGAGCGUGAAGAGAUGUACGAAGCUGAGCGCUGUUUAAGUGACUGGUGGGGCUGGGAAGCUGCUCCGAAUAAAGAGACCAAAGGGGCCCAUAAAACAUUUAUUGGCCAAGAAAACAAAGAAGAGCCCUGGUUUAUAGUCCUCUCCAGUUCUGCAGGCAACCAGAAUAUAGGGCCUCAGGCUCUGAGCCAUUUCUCCUAUCCGGCUUUCUGCAAGCACUGGAGAGUAAAGCGGCCAGGCGGCUGGCUGGUUGGGCAGUACCUCGAUGAGCGCAUUUUCAGGAUUCCCGUCCAGGUGGUCUGA